AUGGAAAGAAUUCGCAAACUUGAUGACAUAGACGUUGCUCAGGUCCAGACACCAUCAGCCAAACGUGCCCGUAGCUUAUCUAUUGAGCAACAACACGAGCAAGGUCGGCUGCCCGUGCAUUACGAGUCAGGCUCACCUCCAGCCUCAUCCACCACCUCAGGAGAAACUUGCGACUCCCCUCGCAUAUUAACUGAGGCUGUAGGCAAGGACUCCGACAGUGAGAUCAAGCAUCAAAGUGCCAGCCGUCACGUCUCGAGCGGUAUCCAAACAUCUGACUCUCCUGCCAACGAUCACCUUCCUUCUCUGGAAUCUCACUUUCCCCGAGGUAUCGCAAAGCAUACCUUUCCCGAUAGCUACGACGUUCCUUCGCCUCAAGCUGACCAUCCAAGUGGCAUCGAAGGAGAUCCUUUUCCUGACAGCUACGAUAUCCCUCCCUCGCCCGUUCAUGUUCCCAGUAGGAUUGAAAGAGCUCAACUCCCUAGCCUCUACGACACCUCUUCACCACCAGUCCAUAUCUCUAAGGGUCUCGAAGGAGUUCACUCUCCAAACAGCUACAAUCUUCCUUCCUCACCACCAAACUUAGACUUCAGCUCGACUCUGAAGGAAUCGUCACCUGGCAUGACUCCGGAGCAGGCACAGAAAGAGUUCGAGAAGCAACACCACUUUUACAAUGAUCCAGACGCAAGGACACGUGGCGCUGCCAUUAUAGAUCUAGCUCGUGCAAUCCUCGGCCGCUCAAGAGGCUCACCGACUGCAAAGGAAAAGGUCCCUGCGCUGCAGGCAAUUGCCAAAAAAUAUUCCAUCCUUGGUGAGAACGACUUCGCUUGCAAGCUCCUUGGUAUCCUUCUUGAUGAGGCCCGCAUGGUGCCCAAUCCUGAGAUUGCGCCAGGGCAAGCUCUAGCAGUCGACGAUUUCAUGCCAGAUCCCAAAGCUUGGAGCCAAGAUCUCCUGGGUCGUCGGACAAAAGCGAAGUUUCGCGAAAGUUCAGUUCCUCAAGCUGUUGCGGCUGAAGGAUCGUUCGAGAAGAUCUACGACAGUUUGCCCAGAUUGCAAAACCCAGAGCCAGACCUCAUUUAUGGUCUUACUGUCUUCGACAGGACCGUAUCUAAACCUCUCACCAAACAAAUCCAUCAUCCCUUCCUAGCGGGCGAAGUCAAGACCAAGGAUCGACCUAUUGCUGAAGCAGAAGUCCAGUGCCAGCGCACUGGUAGUGCCAUCGUAUCCUACACAGCCGACUGGAAUGAUGAAGCCAGGGGCAAGCCGCGUUCGGGGCCCUUCACCAGUCUACCACAAGUCGAUGUCGACAAGGACAACUCCGAUCCAGACCCUGACUCUAUCUGCUUUACCGUGGCUAUUGCGCCAAAUUCCUGCUUUAUGUUCGUCAACUGGCGGGAGCUCUGGAGCAAUGGCGCAGUGUACUGGCAUACGAGCGUUCUGGAUCAGUACUCACUGCAACACGGGCUGGACGCGACCACUGAAAGGUUUCAGCGAGACAUCAGCAACAUUGUCGAUUGGGGCCUAGGCGAGCGUGCAACUAAGAUAUACGGACAAGCGCGAGCAAUGGCGAAGAGAAAGACGGGAAGAGAUGAUGACUUGCCGGUUAUAGAACCAAAGCAGCAACGAAUACGGCCCUCGGAUGAUUCAGACUGA